UUCAUCCCCUCUUCAUCUCAGACCCUCAAAGAUUCACAAACAAAAUCAAGAACCCUAAUAUUCAAAUCACAGAUGGAUGGAGAAACCUCCACAGCGAAGAAGGCAGUGGCAACAGUAACGAGUUCCACCUCAUCGCCGAGCCGCUACGAGGCACAGAAGAGACGAGACUGGGACACUUUCCUUAAGUAUCUAAAGAACUGCGAGCCACCUCUAUGCCAGUGUCGUUGCAGUGGCGCACACGUCAUCGAGUUCCUCAAGUACCUCGACCAGUUUGGUAAGACCAAAGUCCACGUCGCGGCUUGUCCCUUCUUCGGAGAACCGAACCCACCGUCUCAGUGCACUUGCCCUCUCAGGCAGGCUUGGGGAAGCCUCGACUCUCUCGUCGGCCGCCAAAGGGCUGCGUUCGAGGAUAUCGGCGGCGGUGCUCCCGAGUCAAACCCUUUCGCUGCUAAUGCGGUUAGGAUCUAUCUGAAGGAAGUGCGUGAAGCUCAGGCUAGGGCUCGAGGGAUUCCCCACGGCAAGAAAAAAUGGAAACGGCCUCGUGCAGCCAAGGCAACUCUAAACGCCGAUGAUGGAGGAGGUGGCCGUGGAAGUGGUGUUGCUGCUUUGGUCGUUUCUGCAACUAUGGUAUAGUAGAAAUGCCCGUUGCUAAAUCUAAUUAUAGUGUUCUUUGCUUUUUAAAUUUUAUAAUUUGCGUAUUCGUUUAUUUGAGUUGUGAACUGCAAUUAUAAAUGGAAAAAAGACGAUCGUAGAUUAUUAUAAUAUGGUUCGUAUUAUGUUUAGUUAUCCUGUAUACACGUUAUGUACUCGUUAAUAUAAACAUGAUAGGGAAAAGAGGAAUUAUGGUUUUUUUCA